UGUCCCUCUCCCGCGGCUGGUUGCGGGCGGGUGUGCGGUCCCCGGCGCCCCUGCGCGGCCGGCCUCCUGCCCCGCCCGGAGCCGCGCUCGAGGACGGCUGAGGCCGCAGGAACGGAAAAGAUCAGCAGGAGCUGGUGCGUGAAAGAAAGUGCUUUCUGGAAGAAGGGCAGCAGGAGCUUGUCUGGGAAGCUCACCUGUAUUCCUGACUCUUGAUAGUUGGCGAUAGAACAGGCACUUUGUAAAUAUAAUUGAGUGGUUGGAAGAACAAUGCAUGUAAGUCUUUGACACCAUGAUAUCCAUCAGGCAAAGAAAAGGAGUAAAAACCACAGAAGUUUCUGAGGAUUUUGCAGCACAAGAAGAAAAUGUGAAGUUGGAAAAUAAAUUGCCAUCUGGUUGUACCAAUAGAAGAUUAUGGAAGAUUCUGUCAUUUAUGGUUGGAGGAACAGUUGCCCUUUGCAUUGGACUUCUUACAUCUGUCUACCUGGCCACUUUACAUGAAAAUGAUUUAUGGUUUUCUAAUAUUAAGGAAGUAGAGCGGGAGAUCUCCUUCAGGACAGAGUGUGGACUGUACUACUCCUACUACAAGCAGAUGCUGCAGGCUCCCACCCUCACACAAGGUUUUCAUGGCUUAAUAUAUGAUAACAAAACUGAAUCUAUGAGGACAAUUAACCUCCUUCAAAGAAUGAAUAUUUACCAAGAGGUUUUUCUCAGUAUUUUAUAUAGAGUUCUACCCAUACAGAAAUAUUUAGAGCCAGUUUAUUUUUAUAUUUACACUUUAUUUGGACUUCAAGCAAUCUACGUCACAGCUCUUUAUAUAACCAGCUGGCUCCUUAGUGGUACGUGGCUGUCAGGACUAUUAGCAGCUUUCUGGUAUGUCACCAAUAGAAUAGAUACUACAAGAGUUGAGUUUACCAUCCCAUUGAGGGAGAACUGGGCACUGCCAUUCUUUGCAAUUCAGAUAGCAGCAAUUACAUAUUUCCUGAGACCAAACUUACAGCCUCUUUCUGAAAGGCUGACACUUCUUGCCAUUUUCAUAUCAACUUUUCUCUUUAGUCUGACAUGGCAAUUUAAUCAAUUUAUGAUGCUGAUGCAAGCGCUAGUGCUGUUCAUACUGGACUCCUUGGACAUGCUGCCAGCAGUGAAGGCGACGUGGCUGUAUGGUAUACAGAUAACAGGUUUACUCCUGGUCUGCAUUCUUCAGUUUCUUAACUCCAUGAUUCUUGGAUCAUUGCUUAUUAGUUUUAACCUUUCAGUAUUAAUUGCAAGAAAACUUCAGAAAAAUCUGAAAACUGGAAGCUUCCUUAAUAGGCUUGGGAAACUUUUGUUACAUUUAUUUGUGGUUCUCUGUUUGACGCUUUUUCUCAACAACAUUAUUAAGAAAAUUCUUAACCUGAAGUCAGAUGAACACAUAUUUAAAUUUCUGAAGGCAAAAUUUGGGUUUGGAGCAACAAGAGAUUUUGAUGCAAAUCUGUAUCUUUGUGAAGAAGCUUUUGGCCUCCUGCCUUUUAAUACAUUUGAAAGGCUUUCAGAUACUCUGCUUUUUUAUGCUUACUUAUUUGUUCUGUCCAUCACAGUGAUUGCAGCGUUAGCUGUUGCCUUCCACAAUCUCAGUGAUUCUACAAAUCAACAAUCCAUGGGUAAAGUGAGAAAGUGCACAAUCGGCCUGAAACCAGAAACUGCCUACAACUUAUUACAUACCAUUCUGUUUGGAUUCUUGGCCUUGAGUACAAUGAGAAUGAAAUACCUCUGGACGUCACACAUGUGUGUGUUUGCCUCGUUUGGCUUAUGCAGCCCUGAAAUAUGGGAGCUACUUCUGAAGUUGAUACGUCUUUAUAACCCAAAGAGGAUCUGUAUAAUGCGAUAUUCAGUACCGAUAUUAAUACUGCUGUAUCUGUGCUAUAAGUUCUGGCCAGGAAUGAUGGAUGAACUCUCCGAGUUGAGAGAAUUCUAUGAUCCAGAUACAGUGGAGCUGAUGAACUGGAUUAACUCUAACACUCCAAGAAAGGCUGUGUUCGCUGGAAGCAUGCAGUUGCUGGCCGGAGUUAAGCUGUGCACGGGAAGGACCUUGACCAACCACCCGCACUAUGAAGACAACAGCCUGAGAGAGCGAACCAAAGCGGUUUAUCAGAUAUAUGCCAAGAGGUCUCCAGAGGAGGUGCAUGCCCUCCUGAGGUCCUUCGGCACUGACUACGUGAUUCUGGAAGACAGCAUCUGCUAUGAGCAGAGGCACCACCGGGGCUGCCGGCUGCGCGACCUGCUGGACGUCGCCAAUGGCCACAUGAUGGAUGGCCCAGGAGAGAAUGAUCCUGAUUUGAAACUUGCAGGCCACCCUCGCUUCUGUGAAGAGAUAAAGAGAAACCUGCCUCCCUACGCAGCAUACUUCACUCGAGUGUUUCAGAACAAAACAUUCCACGUUUACAAGCUGUCCAGAAACAAGUGACAGAGCUUUCUGCUCAAGCUCUACUUUUGAUAGGUGAAACCCCAUCAGAGAGAAACUGAGUAGAUAGCAUUUCACAUGUAGUUAGGCAGCUGCUCCUUACAGCUGUGAUAUGAGCAAGUCUGCAGAUGUUUGCACAGCGUCACCAUCUUUGAAAGCAUCUUAUAUAAGCUUAAGUCUUUUUCGUCUUGUCUCAUUAAUGUUCUUUAGCCUAAAUGUUCUCAGCUUUCUAAGAGUGGUCUAGAAUUUUGUUGUGGGGUUACAGUAAGUGUUCCAUAGGUAGCCUGAACAGCCGCAUAUCAUGUUGGAAAUCCAGGGCCUGUUCAGGAUUUGACAUACUUGUAAUUUUCAGUUGACUUAAGACAGCUAUGGUUGAAUUGAAUUGAGGGGAUGCAUAAUUAAGUUAUUUAAUAUCAUUUCACUAAUGAAGACCAAUUGGUAGCUUUUUUAAAAAGCUUUUUAUUGUCCUGUUUCACCUAAAAAUUUUAUAAUGUUUUCCAAGUGUCGUGCUUUUAAUAUUUCAAAAAAAUCAUGUCAAGUCUUUGUAUGUAUCUAAAACUUUUUGUUGUGCUCUGUCUGCAAUGUAAUGCAUAGCACCUCAGUAGUGUGUGUCAUGUGCCGUUUGUGUGUGUGUGUGUGUGUGUGUGUGUGUGUGUACAUGCGCAUGUGCGUGCAUGUUUUAUUGCUGGACACAGAAAAGUCUUAGAAGUUCCAUACUGUAAGUCCUUAAAGGAACAGAAAUGUUACAUAGCCAGGUAGAAUUUGUUACUGUUUAGUAUUGUUUUAAAACCUAUUGAUACUAUUUAACCUAUCCUGCAAAUAAGAAAAUUUUUCUUUAUUUCUUACUCAUUUAAAUUUACUGGGUUUGCAAAAUUUUGUAAACUUUCUGUUUUUAGCCUUUGUAUUUUCUACAGCCUAGAACCUUGCAAAGUCUGAAUAUUUUUUAAAUGUUGUAUCUUAACUGAUUCACUAAUACAAUAUUUUUGGCAGAGAGCAUUUUCAUACCAAGUUUGAUUUGUGGUCUCCAAUCUUCCUGUGAGGGCCCUGGUGGCGUUUUCCUUUUCCAUACUAAACAGUAACCAAGUGCCUCUGAGUCAUGCUGAUUCGUAAACAACGAAGAGGGUUAUGUGUACCUGCUCAAGAAUUUUUGGUAAUUGCUGUUAUAAUUAAUUUCUAAUGAUGGGAACAUGUAAAAGUUGCUGAUAAGAGCGUAUCGUGCAUUUAAUUAAAUCAAGAUGGCUAAUGAAAUUA